CAAGCUCACCCUAAGUUAAUUAUAACCUCCGACAAAUUAAGGAGCAGCGGUUUCAUUUUUCAUCGUCGACCAACAAGCACUCCACACUCCGUCGGACGCCGUCCACCGUUGUCAGCCGUGCUUGGUUGUUCUUAGGCAAGUAGUGUAGAAGCUUCGAACUCUAGGGCUUUCCCAAAACCCGCUGCUUUUAGCAAGAUAAUAUAAAUGAUAGUGUUUGACUACUUUUGGCGAUGGGGAGCGAGUUGGAUGCAGUAAAAGAGGCCCAGAUAGUAGAUGCCCGGGCAAGAAACAUCAGUCACAAUGUAAGGUGCACAGAAUGUGGUAGUCAAUCCAUUGAAGAUUCUCAAGCAGACAUUGCAAUUCUACUCAGAAAGUUAAUUCGUGACGAGAUUCGUAGUGGAAAGACUGACAAGGAGAUCUACAAAAAGCUUGAGGAAGAUUUUGGAGAGACUGUACUCUAUGCACCAAAGUUUGAUUUGCAGACUGCAGCUUUAUGGCUAUCCCCUGUCCUAGUUGCAGGUGCAGCAGCCGGAGUAUGGGCUUACAACAAGCAUAGGAAAAAGACCAAUGUUCAUAUCAUGGCUUUGAACCUUAUCAGGGGCGUUCCAUUGACCCCAAAAGAAAAGCAAACCAUGCUUGAUCUCCUUACACCGCCUCCAUCACAGAAUUCAAGAACUCCUUUCUGGUGGAGGAGAUGGAGAGGUUCAUGAUCUCAUUCUCCAUCACUUGUUAGGAUUGGGAUCGAUCACUGCAUCAUUAUGAAGUGAAGUUUUAGACUUAGUUAGGGACUCAGAGACUAAUUACUCCAAAAGAAUUUUUUUUAAAAUAUCAGUAUUAAGGACAAAAGGUACUGUCUGGCCAAAAAAAAAAAAAGGACAAAAGGUGCUACAAUGUUUUGUGAGGUUAUCACUAAUAUAUGAUUUAGUCAUUCCAAUUUCCUUCCUCA